GUUAUUAUUAUCACGGCCUCCCCAGGCUCUGCUCCGCUGGACGAGCUUCACACGCUGCGCAGCCAGCUGCUCCUGCUGCACAACCAGCUGCUGUACGAGCGCUACAAGAGGGAGCAGCACGCCGUCCGCAACCGACGCCUCCUCCGACGCAUCAUCAACGCCACUGCACUGGAGGAGCAGAACAAUGCUAUGAAGGACCAGCUGAACCUGCAGAGUGUGGACAUCUUGUCUCUGAGGGAGAGUCUGCAGGUGGAACAGCAACGGUACAGGCAGCUGUGGGAUGACAGGGAGACAGUGGUGACCAGGCUCCACUGUCAAAUCAGGCAGCUGCAGCAGGGCCGAGAUGACUACUACACCAAGAAUCAGGAGCUCCAGAGCAAGUUGCAGGAGUGUCAGAAGAGGAUGGAUGAACUGGAGGCGGAGCUUCAGAGGGCCAACAACAAAGUGUGCCACACCGGUCACCUCCUCAACCAGACGACCAUCAAGCUGAGCAACAGUGAGAGCACCCAGCAGCAGAUGAGCUUCCUGAACAAGCAGCUGCUGCUCCUCGGGGAGGCACAUAAGCUGUCCAUGCAGGAGUUACACCACAGCGGCGGCGAUAAUACAAAGGAGGCCCAGAUGCUGCAGGCAUCUUACCGGAAAGAGGUGGAGAUGCUGAGGCAGAGUUUGCUGGUUCAGGGUCAGAAGCUGGAGGCGGCGCAACAGAGAGUCGGCGAGCUGGAGACGCACCUCUCCAAGAAGGAACACCUCAUCGCCGAGCAGAAGAAGUUCCUCGAGGAUGUGAAAUGUCAAGCAAAGGCGGAGCUGCAGGCCUCAGACAGCAGACAUCAGGCUCAGAGGAGAAUCACUCAGCUGCUGCAGACCGAACUCCUGCAGCUCUACAGCCGAGUGGAGAUGGAAGCUCCAGCCAGUACUGCUGCCAGCUCGCCACCAGGGGGCAGAGCUGACCCACACACUCUUGUUGACACCAGUGUCCUGGUGCCAGAUGGACCAACUAAAAGUCACACAAACGAGGAGGCGGCCAGUAAAACACUGCACGACUCCCCUCGGGGCAACGGCAGCACUUUAUCGCCAGGGCAACCAAAGGCGAACAACUCUUCCAAGUCAUCAGCCAACUCCAUCAAUGGCAGCCAGGACCUGGCCCCGCCCCUGCUGGUGGAGCCCUUGCUGUCCUGUCCUCACGUCAACACGCUUGCACCCCUGCCCCCCGCCGACGCGCCUCUCACUGUGGGCUCCUACCCCAGUGCCAAGAGCUUCCUGGGCAUGAGGGCGCGCGAGCUGUUCCGCAACAAGAGCGAGAGCCAGUGCGACGAGGAGCAGCCGCCGCCUCCGCGCCUUGCGGGCCUUGCCCACGGUCUGAAGACUGAGCUGUGUGUGGAGCCACCCUGCCCAGAUUAUAUUGCCCCUGUCAAUCCCGCACCCUCCCCCAUUCCAACUCCUCCGCCAAUGCCAGCUCCUGCCACCCCGCUCACAGUGCCCACCGUGCCCACCAAGCAGCCCCCAUCUGAGCCCAAGCAGCGGGCCUCCAGCCAGGAAAGCCCCCGCAGGAAGGCAGGGGCCGGCCCCGGUGUAGGGCGGGUUCAGGCAGGGUCAGGGCGCCCCCGGCAACAGCAUCUAAAGAUCAUGGACUACAAUGAAACACAUCACGAGCACAGUUAAGAGACAUAGAACUGAGCCGGGAUGGAAAGCGGAUAAGGACGGACUUAAGUUUGAAAAUGGAGAAGAGCUACAAAAUCAGCAAGAGUAACACGUCUGCUACUCUCCACAAUUCAGUGUUAUUUGAUCCAUUCCUCUGAGUGGACAGCAGGAUUCCCCCACCGUUUCUUUUUCUUUUUAUUUAUACUGAUUCAUUCCCCUGAAGAAUGUUUGCGGAGGAGACAGGAAUACUGAGUUGCAAUGUUACCAGUGAGGAUGCUAAACUUAUGAGUUUGAUCAUGAGACAAAGACGAACACGACGUGACACUAAGUCUGAGAUUAACAAUCAACCAAAUUACAAACUUUUCCAUAUUGGCUCUAGUUGUGUCGAUAUGUCCAUAUUUUGAGAAAUCUGCGUCAGUGUUCUCCCUUCGCCCCGAAACGAUGGAGGUGAAACACACUUAGUUUUCUCUCGACAGUGAAACAUUUAAUUUGUGGCACUCUGCAGCAGUUUGUCUCGAAACAGCGUGCGUCCUAGUUACUUUGGAUAAUCCUCCGACCUCAGAACAGCAUCCACUGUGGAAACACGUAAAACUGAAGAAAUAGUUCACGUUGAGUUCUGUGAAUUAUCCAGACUAACGGGGACUGUUUUCAGAAACACACUUUGCUGUCAUCAUUUUGGGGAUUUUUUUUUGUCAAUGCUGUGAGGAUGACAAACAUAGUUCCACUCGCCUUUUGUUGUUAUAUUUAUCGGAUGCGGAACCCUCGGAGACGGUUUCUAAAAAAAAAUUGGCAAAUAAAACCGAAAUCAUCUGCUGUCGUCAAUAAAACUGUAAGAUUUUCAAAGUACAAACUUCGACUCAGACAUGAAACAUUGUUAGGUUUUCCCCGGUCAUCAUGUUUGGCGUUCUUUGGAUUGACGACUGAAAUAUUUGUCUUGAUUUGUGUUACAGCGGAGCGAUGGAAGCAAUCGGUGCGUGGAGGUGUGCGUGUGUGUGUGUGUGUG